CUAUCAUUUGUAAAAUUGCAACAGAAUAUUUGCCAUUGAUCGCAAAUAUUUUCUUGCAACACCCCCUAAUAUCAAUACCACCAUCCACACAUAAACACUCUCUCCUUGUAGAGUCUUUCUCCCUUUAUUUUUACAUAUUUACAUUUACGAAAGUAAAAACUUUCUGGCGAUGGUAAGCUGGUUUCGACUGUCAAGGAUAUCCCUUUCAACUUGAUGGAAAGUACUCUUGAGUUUUUAUGCCUAACUGAAAAUUACUCCCCGUGACAGAUAUAGAACAAGGAAGACUUUCGACUGAAUUUGAUUAAAAUGAUUAUGGUAUGCACAAUAUGCCUUAAUUGUUCUCAUUUGAUUACGAAGCGCCGGGAAAUAAUGUCGACUUUUCGUUGCCUUCCCUCGGCCUUACUCUGUUCAAAGUGGUCUUACCCCUGUUGUGGUUUCCAAAUUUCAACCUCUGUCCUUUCUAAACGAAGAUGCAACUUAUCCAGACAUAAAGAGAAGGUUGUUUUCAUGUGAUUAUUUGUUUUAUUUUGUACCCUGAAGUGAAGAGGAAGCUUUAGAGGCAAAAAAUCGUUCAUAUCGCUUUCUGUGUUCGAGGUGUACCGUGUUUUUAUUUGUCGUGAAUGAAGUUAAUGUUAUACCUCUUUCAUUAUUUUCUGAUGAAAAAAUUGCUGGAAUUAAAGUCGUCAGAAUCAUCAGAGAGUUUCUGCAAAGCAUAUCAGUUUCUUGCCAUAAUGCAAUGAUUGCCAGAAGAUAUCUAGGUUGCCGUGGAAUCUUCAUUAUAAGUCAAUCUUGGACUUAGUCUUGAAUUUUUUUUUGGAAACGACCAUUGACGUGAUUGAGACACAGACGACCGGAAUGUAGAAUUUGGAAAAUUAUCCGGUUUGUUCUUGUUCGGGACGACUUGUGUGAUAAAUGACACUAGGUCCUUAAACAGUCAUCGGAACAAAUCACUACCAGUUCAUCAUUGCUUGGAAGUUACAUUUGAAAACAAUUGCUUUGCUGAUAGAUGUAAGCGAGAUCACAAACAAUUAUGGCAACGAUAGAUGUACGGACAUUGUACGGUACUCCACAUCGCGUAAGUAAUGCCUCGAAAACAGUCGAAAAAGAGGCAACAGUCGCCGACCUUACCUGGGUUGACACGACACAUAAAAUCGGGGAAAUCGUCUCGAGGAGCCCGCCACUUCUACCCAUCCUGAUCAAGUGUGACGGGAUGUCGUCCGACCCGUACAUCGCCACCAAGAUCCAGCCGGGCGACAUCAUGAAACUCAGCCGACUUCAAACCAUCGACAUCGUCCAGGCAACUGUCGAGUUCAAGUCCAGUGCCGCGGAGCACUUGAAGGGCAUGGAUGAAUACAACGGAAUCCACCUGCCGUCUUUCCUGGCCAUUCCAAAGUCGAUGGAGUCCAUUUCAUUCGAGGUCGUACGCGGCAGCGUCCGGUACAGUACACCGUUGGGGUUCCAAGACAGUCUGAAGCCCUUUUCGAAGAGGUCUUCGAUUCUGAAAGGAAAUAGGAGUUCGGUUCGGUUUAAGACCGUCAAGGAAUUGUCGAAUCAUCUGCCGAGGUUUGUGAAAGUGAUCAAAGCAUCGCGGAAGAUCAGACAGAAUACGAAGAUCGUCGAUGGCCAUGUUCUGGAGGUUAUGGGAAUACACUCCCCAUGGGCGACACGAGAUAAAUACUUGAGCUGCCGUAUUGACCAACCUGAUGGCCAAGUAUGCAAACUGGAUCUGAAAUGGAACGGUAUAUUCGACACUAUCCCUGACAUGAAGCGGUACAAUAUACAGGAUCUUCUCCGUGUCUACCGCUUACCGAUCACUGUGCGUGUUCGAGACUUUAGUCCAAGUGAAUGGGUUCCUCAAAAGACUUCAUCUCAACUCAAAGCAAUCAAAACCCUCGACCUCAACCUAACCAUAGAGAAAGAGGAGACGGUGGAGUUCGCAAUGGCUAUCACCAACAAUCUGAUAUCGCCGUCGUCGGCGGCGUCGGGGGCUUGUCGGGAUCAGAACGAUUCCAGGCUCAUGGUUCUGUCGAAGAACAUCGACGUCAACUUCGUGACCUCGUCGGAUAUGACGAAGAGUCCAAGACGUUACGCCGAAGUUAUGAACCAGAUGGGAAACAUUGGGGACUCCAUGAUCUCCAUGCUGUCAAAGGACAUCUAUUUUAACGAGUAUGGAUCACCAAUGGCGGUUUUAGUUCCGUUUUCAGAUAUUCAACCCAAGAUUUACGGAACUCCAGAAAAGGCACUAUCCCGUCCAUCUUAUCUAAGAGAACACGAUACGGAGAGACGUCGAACCUCUAGCCAUCACUACAUUGACCUCGAUGUUACUUCUGAAGAAGGCGGUGAGGGUGAGGAUGACACGGUUGGUGACGAGCGUACCCUCGGAGGGGCCGAUCCCGAUGACCCGUAUGUUAGCCUUGGUGCCAUACGGCGAAAAGAAGAGAGGGACAAAAGCGUGAGUCCACUUAAAGAGGGUGGAUUUGCAAAUUGCAGUCAGUCACUCGAUGAUGAGUUUGGUACUGACUACACAAUCCUCAGAUCCCCUCUGGUCCCCGGCAUGGUGCCGUCUCCCUCCUUGAAGAGCAUCCUUCGGUUCACGCAGGAUUUGACCGAAAGCUCUUCGUACUACCAAGUUCCGAAGAAUAGGAGCAUUGAUGAGGAUAUUUAUAUUGAUGAGGAUGGUGCAAGCAGUCAGAGCGAUGACGAGGAGCUACAAGAGUUGAAAACAACCGGUGUGCCAGGAAACUUCCCAAGAAAAUCUUUAAGAAGUCGAUGUCCUGACUCCCUUCCUCGGAAUGCGCCGCCUCCUAUUCCAGACCGCUCACCACUUUAUCGAAGAGAGUCCACACCCAUUACGCUUGGAGGAUUUACACAAAGAACCGCUUCUACUUUGGGUGCUUCAAUGGUUAAUGGUUUGGGAAGGAAUACGCUUUCGCCAGCAACUCCAGUUUCACGUAAAGAUACGUCGGCAGUGAACAAGACGUCCAUGGACACCGUGAUGUCGUCUCUGUUAUUCGAAUUUCGAGCUCGCCAUAGUGUAACCAAUUUCUCGUCAGCUACAGUUGAUGGCCAGAACAGCUUGACCGGACUAUCCGGAAACCAGCCGAUCGACAUGAUCGAUGACAUACCACCACCUCUUCCUCCUCCUCGGCAAACGAUAGCUCCCUAUCCUGAAAAGGUCCAAGAAACAUCACCGUCACCCCCACCACCGUCGCCUCCAUCGCCAACACCAUCAUCAUCUUCUUCUUCAUCACCAUCGCCACCACCGCCACCGCUUCCAUCGCCACCUUCCGAAGACGGCGUGAAAGACUUGAGCGAGCUUCCUCUCGCCGACUUUCCUCCUCCUCUUCCAGCGAGGUCGCUUUCUCUGGCUUCCUUGUCUUCGUUGACAUCUGGGGUCUCGGCCGCCUCUGUAGCUUCUGUAGAUUCAGUGAAAUCAGCGACAUCGGUGGAGAGUCUUACAAGCCUAUCAUCAUCUACAGGCUUACCAAUGUCGGAUAGCCAAAGUUUCCCAGAUUCAAUCAAGACUAUGACGUUGAAAGCGAAUGACUUGAAUCGCUACCCAACGUUCUCCACGAUGCGACACAAGCGCACCGAAACGCUGGGAAGGAUGCAUGAAAAGGGAAGUGUUUCACUGGGGCGUUCCGUAUCAUGCUUGUCUCCACACGGCCAUCGGAACCUCGCGGCCGCCAAUCGGAAGUUGCCACCGCUUCCGAUGAGCAAUAAGCAGUCCGAGGUGUCGCCGAUUUCCGACUAUACUCUUGAACCAAAGGCAACACCUCCCAGACGACAACGUCCAUUUAGUAGCGAGAACAUCCUCGAAGGCAGUCGGGAUUUGCCACCUCCGCUUCCGGCAGACCGAUCAUCAUCCAUGGAGAACUUGCUUCGUCACAAUAGGGGUAAUGCUCACUCUCACGAAGUACCUGCUACGGGACCGGCUACACCACCUCGGAUGUCGGCAACGCCCUCAAAAUCAUCUGUAAAAGUUAAACGUCAACGGAGUUACUUCCCUUCAAACCGCAGUAGGGCUUCGACCAUACAGAAACCCCAAAUCCCCACCGCCAACAUCGCCCCGAGACCUUCACCACUAAGCAACAUCAUGCUCUCUCUGUCGAAGUCACACGACGGGGCUAUCCCUCGAAGACAUGAUCCAUUACCUAGCCACCCAGCGACUUCAACAGAAGAUGGCGAUUCUGAUGGCAAUUCCGAUGAUGAUUCCGAUGAUGAUGGCGAUCAUAAUUAUCUCUAUCCAGAGGCGCCGACAUAUGACGACACUCAAACGUACUCAUCGAAUAGAGCUGCUUUGAAUGCAACGCCUCCAACUGUACCGGCUCGAAUCGCCAAAAAAUCUGCCAGCCUACCCCGCAGUUGCAUCAAGAACCUCAAGGAUGUACCAGUGGACAUCGCUACCCUUAGCUGCGAUCAGAUCGCUCAGGCACUUCGUCUUCUUAACAUCCGUGAUGAUAUCAUCGACAAGCUCCGAUCGGAAAAGAUGAACGGCGAGCUUCUAAAGUCGAUGUCCGAGGAGAUUCUUCGAACCGAGUUUCACAUGUCACAAUUCCACGCCAUCAAAGUCAUCAAGUUCGUCAACGGAUGGCGACCCUAAGAGAUUUGCAUCAGAGUCAUCAAUUUCAUCAACGGAUGGUGACCUUAAGAGAUUACAUCAAAUUCAUUUAGUUCUUCAACGGGUUGCGAUCUAAGAGACCUUAUUUAUGUCCAGAAACUGACAAGUGGGGUGGUGACUUUGAUGUACAUGGCCAUACUUAUCGAUGUCGUAUCAACAUGAUUCAGAUUCAUUUAUUUCACACCUCUUUAAAAUGAACAAAAAAUACAUGAAUACAAAUAAAAUUCUUAUACAACAGAACAGACAUUGACAGGUAUAAAUUAUAAGUAGUCGUAAACAUAGUAAAACCCACUAAACAUGGUAAAUAAAAACAAUGAUUUCCGCUGUACGGCGGAUCAAGUCACCAUUUUCACGAAUUG